UACUUCUUAGAGGAAAUAAGGUCUAAAUAUCGACGACACAGAUUGAGUUAGAUAUUCACCGGGUGUAUGUAUGUACUUAUAUAUCUCUUAUCCGGGAAUUGGCUGUUGGCGGAAAUAUUCCGGGGGCGGAAUUCGCUCGGCUGUAAUAACAACAGAUGCAUCAAUUCCGCGAUGAAUAUCGGAUCUUUUUGUGCCAUACCCGAAAUACUUUGUCUAUACAGAAAACGUGGGGUAGAUUUGAGCUAUAGAUCCUUCUUUUAUAUGGCUAACAGAACGGAAAACUUCCCCCUUUGCGGCCUGCGAGGACUUUUAUUUAAUGGCCUUAUGGACUGUGGCAUUCUGUGUCACUGACAAACCACGACAUUAUUAAGAUAGUUCAGCAUGGCCAUAACAGCAUCUCUGUCCUUUAUACAGCAAAGCCUCAUUCUUACCCCUCUACGGUCAAUAGCUAUAACAGUUCUUCUCAUCCCUUUUCUUUAUUUCAUUGUUAAUGAAUUCAUCCGUGCUUCCUCUCGUAUUCCUGGAUUCAAAGGGCCCCGUGGUCUACCUUUAAUUGGGAACAUCGCCCAAAUUCGCAAGAAUGCUGCUGAACAGUAUCGCAUAUGGUCCAAGACCUAUGGGCCCGUUUAUCAGAUUCAGUUGGGGAAUAUUCCGGUAAUCGUUGUGAACUCUGCCGUCUCUGCAAAGGCAAUUUUUGGGCAGAAUGCACAGGCCUUAAGCUCAAGGCCUGAGUUCUACACCUUCCAUAAAAUCGUGUCCAACACUGCUGGCACAACCAUCGGGACUUCUCCCUACAGUGACUCGUUGAAAAGACGUAGGAAGGGUGCCGCCUCAGCCCUUAACCGGCCGUCGGUAGAUUCCUAUGUCUCGCAUCUGGAUGCAGAAUCCAAGGCAUUCGUGGCGGAACUUCUUAAGUAUGGAAAGGGUGGGAACGUACCCGUGGAUCCCAUGGCGAUGAUCCAACGCCUCAGUCUGAGUUUGGCAUUGACUCUCAACUGGGGCGUGCGUGUGGUAUCACAGGAAGAGGAUUUGUUCAACGAGAUCACCUACGUGGAGGAAGAAAUAAGCAAAUUCAGGAGCACCACGGGCAAUCUGCAGGAUUACAUACCUCUCUUGCGGCUAAACCCCUUCAAUACUAACUCGAAGAAAGCCAAGGAGAUGAGAGAUCGGCGAGAUAAGUACCUCAAUGGACUCAACCGUGAUCUAGACGAUCGUAUGGAGAAAGGAAUCCAUAAACCCUGUAUCCAAGCCAAUGUCAUCCUUGAUCAGGAAGCAAAGUUGAACUCAGAAGAACUUACCUCAAUCAGCUUGACUAUGCUCUCAGGAGGGCUUGAUACUGUUACUACACUUGUGGCUUGGAGUAUCGGUCUCCUUGCCAAGCGCCCAGACAUUCAAGACAAAGCCGCGGAAGCGAUUCUGAAUAUGUAUGGUCCUAACCAACCAAUGUGCGAUGCUGCAGAUGACCAGAAAUGCGCCUAUGUUGCUGCGCUGGUACGAGAGUGUCUAAGGUACUUUACGGUCCUUCGCUUGGCUCUCCCUCGGACAUCGAUCAGAGAUAUUACCUACGACGGCAAUAUAAUUCCUAAGGGAACAGUUUUCUUUCUAAAUUCGUGGGCUUGUAAUAUGGAUUCCGAAACCUGGGGCGACCCGGAGGAGUUUAGGCCAGAAAGAUGGUUUGAACAGCCCGAUGCACCUUUGUUCACUUACGGGCUAGGCUACCGCAUGUGUGCAGGCUCACUCCUUGCUAACCGCGAACUGUAUUUGAUCUUCAUGCGCACCAUUAACAGCUUCAAGAUUGAACCAUAUGACGAGAUCAACUGGCACCCUGUCCAUGGCAAUUCAGAUCCUACAAGCCUAGUAGCAAUUCCGAAAAAGUAUAAGGUCAGAUUUAUUCCCAGGGACAAUAAAUUGCUUGAGGAUGUUCUUGGUUCAACGUCUUCAUUGAAGCAUGCUAUAUGAGGAUGGUUCUUGCUGCACGGAUGUUUUAUACUGAUAUAUAUCCUCCCUCCUUUCAUUUCAUCUUCCGCAUGUUCAUCCCUUUUUUGAGCAUAUUAUGAACCACCCUUGAUAUCUUACUGUGCCUAAAAAUAUACGCGGUUCUGCUUCUCCCCGUUAUCUCACAUGAAAAUCAGGAACACCACACAUGUUCAUUGUAACAUGGUCAAGGACCUGCGAUCAGUCUUGUAUUUUUAAUUUAACUGCUACUGGAUAAUCAUGCUUUCCAUUCCUACAGUAUGCCCGGCAACCAAAGAUAGGAAGGGUGAUUCCAUAUAGGCAGGCGCAGUGGCUAUUCCAAAAGCUACAAGAGCAAGGUAGCUUUAUUCAACAAUGAAGGGUGAUGCAGAUUCGGCGAACCAUGUCCUUUGGCUAACCUCGCUCCACAGUUCUGCAUUUGUGAUGAUUAAACAGGUAAGAAAAUAAAAUAGCAAACGUGCAAACACAAAGGCACAUAGGAGUGUUAAAUUUAUAUUUUAUCUGUUUGCUAGCAAGGUCUCGAAGU